GCUGUUCUUAGCUCUUCUCCGCGAAAUCAUCCAAUUCGCGUUCUAUCGUCACCGGGAAAGUCGUCCCCUGCGUGUUAGUCUUUCGCUGAUUAGCUUGGCGUUAUCACGCCAACACCCAGUGUACUUUAUUUCGAGUUUUUGUUUCUCUAUUCGUAAUCAAUCAACUAAUUAAGUAAACUAACAAGUGUACGCGAUAUGGUUUGGACACGCCCUGCGGAUGUACCCUAUCCGUCGGUUUGGCACACCUUCAAGGCCAAAGCCCUGGACAGUGAUGAGCUGGUGUCGUACGUGGUUCAGGAUCUGCCCGAGGAUCGGUUCGUGGACGGCAUCAACCACAUGCUGGGGAUCUUCAUCUACGAUGAACCGAUGUGUCGGGCGAAAAAGCUUGCCGAUGAACAAGCAAGCGUCGACGACAUUCGUGACAUGUGGCGAGAAGUGGUCAAACAGCGGCUAGCCUUGGUUUGCUUCCGGGAAGGAUCGGACGAAAUAGUUGGCCUUAACAUGACGUUCGCCUCUUGCGUGGACGAUAGAAAGGAUUAUGUGAUACACGGUGACCGCUGGCGCGAUGUCCACGAUGCGGUGAUGUUUUUCACCGAACAGAGCCGAGUGCACGAAAGUUUCCACGUUGACGCGUACCUGUCCGCGAUGGGUCUGUCCGUUUCGCCCAAGUACCGUGGCCGGGGAAUUGCAACGGAAAUCUUACGCGCCCGGAUUCCAUUAUGUCGAGCGGUUGGGUUGAAGGUUACCUCGACAGUUUUCACUGCACCCGGGUCGCAAGCUCCCGCGGUUAAGGUUGGUUUCAAGGACACCUUUGUGAUGGCGUACGACGAACUGGCGAAGAUGGAGCCGCGGUUUGAGUUUCCCGAUAUUCAGGGUAGAUGCUGUAAGAGUAUGACGCUGAGGAUUGAUUAGCGCACGUGUACUGAACGGAGUAGGCGUUGCGAAUGAUUUUUUUUUAAUAAAUAAUGCGUAAAGUAUUCUGCAGUAUGGCAGAUCGCUUUUUUGAACGAAUGUGUUCUUGAAUUUUCUAUGAAGACAAAAAAAUUAAGCGGAAGUCAGAUUCGAAUAUGUGAUCCGUCGUAAUUCAGAAUAAAGCGUUUCUUCUAACUAGCGAAUCAUAACUAAACCAGUGCCAAAAAACAGAAUAAGUAACUUUAUCAAGUGUUAUUAUAAAUGACUGAACAGUCUUAGGUAUGAGAAA